CACACAACGUAAACUAAGAUCGAUGAGCCAAAUUAGAAGACAUAAGAGCCGUCUACAAGUGGAAAAGAGAGGACAUUACCCCAACUCUGUUAUAUGGUUACUACAAACUCGGGAAAUCGAAGGAAAAGAAUUACUGGAUAUAUCCAAUUUUCACCUGUGCCCAUCCCGUCGCAGCGCGUCAAAUAGUUCGAUUCAAGUCACAUCAACACCAAUUAAUGAUCCGCAAAGUGGUGCUAGCUGCGGUCCUUCUGGCGACCGUGACUGCGUCCGUCGCCGCAGGUUACAAGGUGACUGUACAUGUCACCAACAAGCUAAGCAGCCGGAUGGUGCUGAUAGUGCACUGCAAAUCCGGAGACGACGAUCUCGGGGCUCGUGCCCUCGAGCCCGACGCCGAUUUCGGGUUCAGCUUCGGUCCGAGCUUCUGGGGAGGGACGUUCUUCUGGUGCAACGUGGCGUUUCAAGAUAAGCGUCUUUCUUUCGUCGCGUACGACCAGAAUCUUCACCAUGGGUGGGUUGUGGACUUCGACGUGGAGGACGGUGGAGUUUAUAGGCACAACCGGCUGGUUCGUGGGUGGAAAUGAUGAUGGGCCUCGACUUCGACGUUUCGAACCACAACAUUUGUAGUAUACUUAUGUAAGCAUUUCCUGGAAGUAUAGUAGGGAUAUUCUGUAUCGUUUCAAUUUUAUCGGAUGAGUCGAAAGGACAUCGCGUCUUACAUGGUGAAAGCCGUUGUUUGUGUUGGUGAACUCUGUAUCAUUCCAAUUAUAUGUAAGCUUUUAUUGGCUAGAGAAUCCAGAUCAGUUUCAUGAAACUGUAUGCUAGAAGAAUUAGUCCUUCUGAUUGCAUGUUUUUUUGUUUAGUUAAGUGUAGAGAUCGAACUCUGAUUCGUGGGUAAUUGAUCGCUUCUAACUAUGUCGAAAUGGAAAAAUUCGUGAAUUGUUGAGAGAGGUUAAAUAUAUAUCAUUCUACUUCUCGAGUGGUAAAUCAUCUUGAAUAGUCGAGUUUUUAGGAAAGGCGUAGCGAUUAAAUUCGGAUUCCAUUAUUGGAACCUCCUUAAUUAGAUAAGAAUAAUAAAAAGACCGAAUUCAAAUGUCCAAACUGAAAUAGAAUGAGCUUAAAUCAAAAUGAUGAUGACUAUCUAGAAUCUGUUUGCCCUAAUACGUAAGUCGAGUGGUUGAGAGAUUGAGAUCCAAAUAUGAAUUUUGUAUCUCUCUUACAUGUUCUACAAUCGAAAGUAAAUCCAAUAUUUUGAGGUUUGUAAAGGGCCUUGCAUCUAAAGAAGUGGCAUAUGUUUGAGAAUUUAACAUAGGAGAGGAUCAACUUUGACGAAACAUUGUAGAGAAACAUGUUUGGAGAAAAUGCAUUGUAGAAGUGCAAAACACCCUUAUUUGAAAAAAAUAGAAUAAUUUUGCAUUACAAUUGACUAAUAGUGCAUGGAAAUUUUGUUCUUCGAUAAAUGAGAUGAUUGAUGUCAAGUUAUGCAAAAAAGCAUGAUAGUUAUCGAUUCUCUUGAAUUUUGUAUGUUUAAUAUUCAAUCUGUUUGUCGGUAAGUUUGCACGGUAGAUAACAAUUUUAUUCUUUACAAGUCCUUUUGAACCACUUACAAAAUCAAUUAAUACUCAUAACCCGUUUGGCUUUGGUUUAAACCGAAACCGAAUUGGCAGCCCUAAAAAAUGGGACAUAAGCCUAGUAUCAUAUCAUACACAUUGUGUAUGUGGAUAUCGAAUACAGAGGCGACUUCUCUUAUUUAUUAGCAACCAUAAUAAGAUAUCCGUCGCUAAAGAUUGUAUACUAUCCGUAUUCCCGUCCUAUUAGAAGGCUAUGGUACAAGGGCUUCUCUUUGAAAAUUCCAUGGAUCUUGAUUGGUAUUUUCCACUAGCAAGAUGACACCACUCCCAUUAUUUAGAAAGAUUGGUGUAAUUUGGAGGAAAUUUCAUCAGCAAGAUGACAUGUGUAUUUAAACUGUUGAUAUGAUUUGAACUGGAUUAUCUCCUCAACAUUUUUUUUUUUUUGGUUAAUGGUGAAAGCAAUUACAAUUAUUUUUUUAAACAGAAACGACGAAAGUAAAGAAAGAUAAGAAAGAAAGAAAUAGAAGCAGAUGCAGAGGGCUAGAUAUUUCGGCGUGGUCUGGUGGUGUUAAUGGUAUGUUUGAAUGAAUUUCUUAUCUCUUCAAGUUAGUGAAACUGAAAUACUAUAACCUUAUUCUUUAUCCGAUUUGAAUAGGGUUAGGUCGUAGUUCGCAUGGAGAUCGAAGUACUAAGUUUCUGUAAUAUUCUGUAAUAUCCUCAGGCAUAGUGAAAUCAACUCUCUCCUAUCUGUGGACUAACUAACACAUUAUAUUAAUGACCAGUUAAAUCUAUGUGUUUAUUACUUUCUUACAUUGUCGAUCAUCCCGAUCCAUGCUCACCCCUGGAUUGAAUAGUAAGACUUGCAUUUAUGAGUACUUGGACUAGUUGGGGCAAAGAGCACAUAAUUGGAACAUUCCAACUUCCAAGCCCCAAAAGGAGAAACAUGGAAACAGACCCCAUUGUAAAUUGUUGGUUGGUGAGUGAAUAAGCCGGCCGGCAAUUGGCCGGCUAGCUGGCCAGAAGUCAGCUGGGUUUUAUAAGCAAACAAUAUCUCUUGUUUUGCAAUUUUCCCUUCUCUAGUAAAUUAGAUAUGGUUGUUGAUUCUGAGAUCUGUAAUAUACCAUAUCCUGCCUUAAACCACUAGCAGGAAGAUUAACAAAUCUCCACUAUAAGAAAAAAACAAAAGGGAAUGUUGACUAUUAACAGUACAUAGAGGGUAUAAGAUUUCUUAUUAACAUUUCUUCCAAUUACAAUUCAAAUUAUUGGAACUAAAUAAUUUAUGACAUGACAUCAGAGUUGGUUUGACGAAGUUGUCGUAUGUUCGAAUCGCGACAAUUAGCAAUUGAUGUAGGCACAAAUGAUGAUAGACCUAGCGAUUGUGUGAUAGAACCAAUGGUGAAGCCAAGUUGCAGCCAGAGGGGUUAUAGCCCGGCCCCUCCAUUUUCGAAAGUAUGUUAAUAUACAUGUAAAUUUUUUAACGAAUUUGGAAAUUUUAGAUUCCAUUCAGAAUUCUAGCUCCGUUACUGGGUGGAUUCGUGCAUACUUCACGCAUAUUCAGGGGCGGAGCUACACUAUGGCUCGGGGGGGCCUCGGCCCCCCCGAGAAUUUUGGAAUUGACGUAUAAGUUGUUCACGAUUUGGGAAAAUUACGUAUAAAUAAAUUAUAUAAUAUAUGACAUAGGUUGAAAAUUAUGUCACAAUUGUUGUUGUAGUCUAACGGAUUACCAUACUUGCAUUAGAAGGUGUUUAGAGGUGGUCUAGGUUCGAUGCUCCAUAAAGAAUAUUUUGUUCAUUUUUCGCUUUUAGUUGUACUUGGCAUGAUAAUCGCAUAUAAUCAUCUGGUUUUCAUAUUUUAGUUUACUUUUGCUGUUAGCUUAAGGUAAGGAUUCAUUUUCAGCUCUAAAAACAGUGAAAACUUUGUAUUUGCAAGUUUAAGGACUCUUUUUAAUAUAUUAUGAGUAAAAAAAUUUCUUGUAGCGGAUAGUGCACAUUGAUUUUCAGCUAUAAAGAUAACAAAACAUGUUAUCAGUGGAAUACAUUAUUAAUUUUGUG